AUGUGGCCCCGCCACCGCCAACAACCACUGCUAGCGACAGCGGCGACGCUCGGCUGUCUGCUGGCCAUCAUCCUCGUCCAGCCGGCCCCCUCAUCGGCAUCCACUGCCAAUCCCGAUCCCACUCCCGCUUCCCAGAAUGCGACCCGAGGCCCUCUUCUGAGUGACAGCAGCAGCGUCAAGGAGCUUAAUAAGCAGCCAGAAGAGGAGCAGACAUCCGUCGCCAGCGAGGUCAUCGAAGGCUUCCCCAGCCUGGGCACUGAAGUGCCCGAGGAGCCGGAUUUUGAAACGCUAACUACGGAAAGGGUAGCGGAGUUUGUGGGAGUUCCUGGCUUCCUGCCCACGGUGCUGCCUCCCAGAGAUGCAGAUUCGCCCACAAAUGGCCAUGGCUACAUCCAGUUCGAGGUCAACGAGGAGCUGCCCGUGGAGGUGGUGCGUCGCCAAAAGCCCAUUCAGCAGACCAUAACUCGCUCCCGAACAGACACCGUGAAUGAAGUCCUGUCCAAUCUGUUUCCCAACGGAUUCUCGGACAUAUUCCGCUUCAGCGGAAAGGACGCCAACACGGAGGCUGCUACCACUACGGCCACCACCACCAAUAAGGCGGUGGUGCGACCCACAGUGGAGGCCAUCACCACCACCGAAGCAGCCACCACGGAAACUCCGACUGUGGCAAAGGCCCCGAAUGAAACCUACUACAGCUACCAGACCACGGUGACAAAGGAGUACCGUCGGGAGCUUAGGCCCGGACACACCGAAAUCGUGGUGGAGCAGAUCCGGGAGCCGGGAUUCCGCGACGGCAGCAACCACAUCUCUCGGGAUGAGCUGCUAAGGAUCAAUCGGGCGGCAGUGGCUGCUCCCGUGCUGCCCAGUGUGCUCCUCCGACCCGAGGGAGAUGACAACGAGACCCUAGUGGCAGCCGAGAGUGCUCCGAUCGUGAUUCUGGGAGAACACGAAGCAGAGGUGGAGGAGAACGCCGAAAUCGAAGACAACCAGAUAGCGGAGACACGCCAUGUGGGCCGUGAGGCUUACCAGCAGAGAUUGCCAGCUCCGAGUCACAACGGCAUUGAGAGCUAUGCGAACCAGAAGGGUCCUGGCCAGGACCAGGAGAUCAAUGUGCACAUCGUUCAUGACGCCACAUUGGGUAAAUCCCAGGAGGGAGAGGGAAAGGCAACCUCGGAGAAGUCCCAGCCACAGAUACAGCCACAGAUCGCCUUGGAUCACUACCAGGCGCACAGCGAGCAGCGGUUCCAGCAGCGUCAUCAGGGCCACGAGGCGCCCUCGAGGCAGUUCCUGAAAUCCUUCAAGCCCAUUGUCUCGGGCAGCGGGGAAGGACCGCUGCCGAAGGGCAGCUUCCACUACGAGGUGCAAAAUCCUCCCCAGCUACCGAGUCCACGGCCGUCGAAUGAAGGAGAUUACGCCGGACACUUUGCUAGACCUGCUGCCCAGUUGGAAUACCAACAGGAACUCAGCCAGGUGCACCAGCAGUCACAACAACAGUCACAUCAGCCGCUGGAGACCCUGCACACCAAGGCCAUUUCCUCCCCCUCCCCAGAGGUGCAUCACUACUCUGGAUAUGCGGGUCCCACGCCAGUCUCCGCCACUCCCAACAGCCUGGUUUUUGUCACCCUGAACACUCCCACUCCCCCGCAUUCCUCGCCCGCACCAGCCCACGCUCAUGCGCCACACGAGCCGGGAGUUGACAUCACUGUGAAUCAUCCAGCUCCGCACGAUUACGUAUCGGAGGCAGCGGCUGAGCCCUCCCAGCAGCACGUCCAACAUGCUCCGGCCCCGGCGAAGUCUCACUCGUCCCAGCCGAAUGGCUAUACCUUCGUGGAAGUGCAGAAGUCGGUGAACAUCCACAACAAACUGAUCACGGAGAAGGAUGGGCGCUUGGUGGAACAGCACGAAACCAUCUACCAUCAGCCCUAUCUGCAUUCGCCUGCCCCACCAGCAAUAGCGGCUGCACCUGCUCCGGCAAAGAGCUACGCCUCUCUGGCCAAGAAUCCCAUCCACGUGGAAUACGAUAGUUCUCCCCAGGAGGUGGGAGAUCACUCCGCUGUGAACUUGGAUACGGGUCACUCUGCUCAGCAAACCGUUCAUCCGGGACCCGUUUACGCUCCUGCUCAUCAGGAACAUGUCCAGGAGAAUCAGGUCAUUCACCAGGAACAUCAAGUUCAUCACGAUCAUCAUCCAGUGGCUCAUCAGGAACACCAGAUUCAACAUGAUCAUCAUGUUCAUCAGGAACACCAAAUCCACCAGGAUCAUCCAGUAAUUCACCAGGAGCAGCAUCCAGUAAUUCAGGAUCCCCAUCACGAGCAUCAACAUUAUUUGGAGCAUCAUGAGCCUCAUUAUCCCGAGGAAAAGCUGAAACAAGUGGUGGAGAAGCACAUUCCCAUACCCUAUGCCGUGCCCCAGCCCGUGCCCGUACCCGUUCACGUGGAGCACUUCGUGGACCGGCCCUAUUCUGUAGAGACCAUUGUUGAGCAUGCGGUACCUUAUCCCGUGCCAACCGUGGUGGAGAAGAUCGUAGAGAAGCACGUGCCCGUGGAGGUGGAACGCAUUGUGGAGAAACCAGUACAUGUGGAGAAGAUCGUGGAGAAGUUCGUGGACCGUCCAAUGGCCAUCCCAAUUCACGUACCCGUGGCCAUUCACAUGCCCAUGCCGCCGGGUCACUCCUCCCUGCCAUUUGGCCAUCAUGGCCAUCCCAAUGCCUUGACUCCCUGGUCCCACUCCGUGGCCCACAUUCCGCCGAAGGUGCUGCAGAACUACUACACCCGGAUGCUGAAGAAGUUGCUCCCACAGCUGACGGCCAAGGUUCCCCCAGCUCCUGCCUCCCAGUCUGCGACCAAGGCCCUAAAGCUGAGCAAGCCAGUCGUGGCCACUGCCAAGCAGCCGGUGAAACCGGUGAGAGGAGAGGCGCCCAAGGUGGCCACCUUCAGUCUGGCGGACAUGCGAUUCGACCUUCGCCCACCCCCACCGCCUCUGGGCUCGCCUUGGCUUCAGGGCGCCCGCUACAUAUACAACACCCUGCCCGCCGAUCUCGCUACUGCCGCCGCCUCGGCUCCCACCCAGAUGGUCAAGUCGUACAUCGGCCCCGUUCCGGCCACCACCUCCAGCGGAGGCAGCGACUCCGCGCUCUCGAACGAGUUCGAUGAGUUCCAGCGCUGGCGCAACGGGCACUCUCUGAAACGCAGUCCCGACUUUGGGCGCAAUCUUCAGCUGGAGUAUGGGUUCAAGCCCCCCUUGGUGCCCUCCAUGGAAAUCGACGACAAGGGUAAUCCCCUCAAGCAGGCAGAGCCAUCGGAGUCGCAGUGAGCUCCCGGCCAAGGGGAGAUCGGAGG